GGAAAUUUUCACCUCGAUAGCGACCAUCACAAACUCUCCUGGGUAGAUCAAAUCACAUUCUACCUUCUCCACCCCUCUUGGCCAAUGAUUUCGUAGCAUGACGGAUCGAUACUGAUACUGCGUUUAGUAAUGGGUUGGCCAAGGCUCUCAAGAUUCGCUGCAACUGUAUCAUUGCAACAUGUAUCAAUGCAACUGCGACGCCGCGGAUUUGAACGUAAAGUGGCUAAAUAUUCUCUUCUCUUGAACGCAUACGACUCCCAUCGAAGGAAAUCUCCCGCCUCUGCCAAUACUGCUAUGCGGCGCAUUCAUAGGCUGGCAUUUUCCUCAAUAUUGAUCCCUCUGCCUCUGGGAAACGUAGCAGCGCUCCGCAUAGAUCCACCUUUACCUGCCAACGUCACUAGACUCGAACCUGUUCCGUUCAUUUGGCAUCGCGAUUCGAGCGAUCCAGAUGAAUUUGGAUUUGUCAAGUGGCAGCUUGAAGGUCAUGACAAGGGGCCUUCUGAUGUCUACUUCGUAAAAGAUUCAGAGAAUGAAAGCGGUUCUUUUACCUUGACUUUCACUACACCAUCACCUUUUCUGGUCUUCGCAGUAAAACGGCAUUCUACAAAAAGCCCGUUCUUCACCGCACCUGGAACACUAGUGGCACUGUCAUCGGCCGUAACAACCUCGAGCCCAAGUCCGAGCCCGAGCCCGAGUCAGAGUCCGAAUCCGAAUCCGCCUGAAACUAGUACAGAAACUCGUACAGAAACGACCUCCACCACGUCCAAUGCAACACCUAUCACCACAUUGUCAAGUACUUCCACUCGCGCGAAUUCAAGUCGUGGAACUACGACUAUACCUCAACCUACUGCAACAAACAGUACCCCCCCAAUCGCGCAACAGAAUCAGAGAUCAAAGAAAGGUGCCAUCAUCGGCGGUGUUAUCGGGGGUCUGGCUGGUCUGAUUGUUGUCAUCGCAUCUAUCUUUUACCUUCUCAGGCGGCGAAGGAAAAGAGCACAUCAGAACAACGAUCUAACACCCUAUUUCGAGGCAGGUAGUGCAACCUCCACGGAUGCACGAGACCAGAAGGUGCAAAUCAUUGGACUACAGAGAGAGCGGCUCGAACGUCAGCUGGAGGCAUUUGAACGAACUCCUCCUUACCCUAAUGACAGUGCUACCGAAGUUGGUACGGUAUCGCAAACUGUCAACGAUGCGGUUCAGGCCCUUCGGUGUCAGAUUGAGCUCCUGACGGAUAGACUGACUAGACUAGAAGGGGAACGGACCGAACGACUGCCUCCUGACUACUCUUCUGCUUGAAUAGAAAAUGGACUACGAACAAUGUAUGUAUGAAUAGUCGUUCUAGCUAUGGGAACAAUCACAAUGUCAAGGAACAUUAUUCGCCGCAACUGGAGUAAGAUAAGAUAAAGUGAUAAGAUC